AGGGCCCCGUUUGCAAUCAAACUCCUCCUGCAAUGUCUCUUUCCACUAAUUAAUACCUCCAACUUCCCCCUUCUCCUUCUUCUUUCUUCAGCACUGCAACUACACAAAAAAUAUUAUUUUUGUCAUCUCCUUUAUCCACACACUCACUUCUUUUGGUUGGCACUGAUCCCAACCAAGUCAUGUGGAGAAUAUCCGUUUUUCUUCUUGUUUUGCUCAAUUUACACACCGGAUUUUCUUUAACUUCCGACGGACUUUCUCUUUUGUCCCUUAAGUCCGCCAUGGAUGACGCCGGUGGUACCGUUUUCUCCGACUGGAAUGAAAACGACGACACUCCUUGUACUUGGACUGGCAUUUCAUGUGCUAACAUUUCUGGUUCUUCACAGCAACGUGUCGUUGGGGUUACUCUUUCCGGUAAGAAUCUCCGGGGAUACCUACCGUCCGAGCUGGGAACGUUACUCUAUCUCCGCCGACUCAAUCUUCACGGAAAUAAUAUUUACGGUUCUAUCCCUGACCCUCUGUUUAAUGCGUCCUCGCUUCAUAGUAUUUAUCUGUAUGCUAAUAAUAUCUCUGGUCAACUUCCUCCCUCUGUUUGUACGCUCCCUCUUCUUCAAAAUUUGGACCUUUCCGAUAAUUCACUUUCUGGAACUUUCUCCAAGGAUCUCCGUAACUGUAGGCAGUUACAGAGGCUCAUUCUUGCUAGGAAUAAAUUCUCCGGUGUGAUUCCGGUCGGUGUGUUCCCGGAGCUGGCGAAUUUGGAGCAACUUGAUCUUUCCUCGAAUUCAUUCAAUGGUUCAAUUCCCCAAGAUAUUGGUGAAUUGAAGUCACUCUCUGGAACUUUGAAUCUUUCUUUCAAUCAUUUCAGUGGAAGAAUCCCAAAAUCUGUAGGUGAUUUGCCUUUAACUGUUAGUUUCGACCUUAGGAACAACAAUUUAUCUGGUGAAAUUCCUCAGACUGGUUCUUUUGCAAAUCAAGGACCAACAGCAUUUUUGAAUAAUCCCAUGUUAUGUGGAUUUCCUUUACAAAAAAACUGUAAAAAUAGUUCAAACAAUUCAACACAAGUUCAGGGUUCAUCUGGUAAUGAGGGAACCAAUUCGCGUAAGGGGUUAAAACCUGGAUUCAUUAUAUUGAUCUGUUUGGCUGAUGCAUUUGGAGUCGCAUUCAUAGGACUAGUCAUUAUUUACUUGUAUUGGAAAAAGAAAGACUCUGGUGGUUGCAGCUGUACUGGAAAAGGGAAAUUUGGUGGGAAUGAGAAGCCAAUGCUUUGUGAUUUCCCAUGUAUUAAUGGAUUUCCGAAUAAUGAUUCGGAAGUUGAGUCUGAGAAGGGUGGUGGUGGUGGGGCUAGUGGUGUUGGUGGUGCUAGUGGUGGAGAGGGCGAUCUUGUGGCUAUUGAUAAAGGUUUUAGCUUUGAGCUUGAUGAGCUGUUGAGGGCUUCUGCUUAUGUAUUGGGAAAGAGUGGGUUGGGGAUAGUGUACAAAGUUGUGCUUGGGAACGGUAUCCCGGUGGCAGUGAGGAGGUUAGGAGAAGGUGGGGAACAGAGAUAUAAGGAGUUUGUAGGGGAGAUUCAGGCAAUCGGAAGGGUUAAGCAUCCUAAUGUUGUGAAAUUAAGAGCUUAUUAUUGGGCUCCUGAUGAGAAACUUCUCAUUAGUGAUUUCAUUUCAAAUGGCAACUUGGCUUCUGCUCUUCACGGGAGAAAUGGGCAACCAUCACCGAGUUUAACAUGGUCAACGAGACUGAAAAUUGCCAAGGGAACAGCGCGAGGUUUAGCCUAUCUCCAUGAGUGUAGCCCAAGGAAAUUUGUCCAUGGAGACGUCAAACCUUCCAACAUUCUCCUUGAUACUGAACUGCAGCCAUAUAUAUCUGAUUUUGGCCUCAAUCGUUUGAUCAAUAUCACGGGAAACAAUCCCUCCUCUUCUGGUGGCUUUAUGGGUGGAGCUCUUCCUUACUUGAAGCCUGCUCUACCAGAACGUCCCAACAACUAUCGAGCACCAGAAGCUCGAAUCACUGGUAACAGACCUACCCAAAAAUGGGAUGUGUACUCAUUCGGGGUGGUCUUGCUUGAACUGCUGACUGGAAAGUCUCCUGACCUCUCAGUUCCCACAACAUCUACUUCAACGGAGGUUCCAGAUCUUGUAAGAUGGGUAAGAAAGGGAUUCGAGGAGCAAAAUCCACUAUCGGACAUGGUAGAACCAAUGUUGCUUCAAGAAGUCCAUGCUAAGAAGGAAGUACUAUCUGUAUUUCAUGUAGCUCUUGCAUGCACUGAGGCAGAUCCAGAUAUUCGACCAAGGAUGAAAACUGUCUCAGAAAACAUUGAGAAAGUUGGAGCUUAAACUUUUGGCUACAGUCAUGUCAAGGAGUUCCUGAGUUUCAUGGACUUGUGUAAUUUUUGUUUUUUUUGUUGCAGUAAGUGCUCCUAUCAUUUCUUUUUUUCUUUAGAGGUUGAUUAAAUCUUUAAACUUCACUACAGAAGGUACAGAAUACCAGUGUGCUGCAACAAAAUUCCUGUCAUUUUUGAGAAGUUAUUUAAUUGCUUAUAUCUUUAAUCUAGUCCUGUUAUUCUGAAGUUAAAA